AAGAAGCAGCAGCAGCAGCAGCAAAAAUAACAGUUAAAUUGAAAGAGCCUUUUUGCGUCGACUUGUGUUAUACGGAAGAACCAAAAAUGGUGCCACAACAGCAAGACAGCCCUUCAAGCUCCGGUAUUCCGAUGUUUGGAUCUUUACUUGUGGAUCAAAAUUCUCCUACACCUUAUUCAGAUGCUACACAGACAAAAAAGAACAAUCCGAAUCACAUUAAACGGCCAAUGAACGCGUUCAUGGUCUGGUCACAGAUUGAACGCAGGAAGAUUUGUGAGGUACAACCUGAUAUGCACAAUGCAGAAAUCAGUAAAAGACUUGGUAAAGAAUGGAAAACAUUGAACGAGAGCCAGAGAAGACCAUUCAUCGAGGAGGCUGAAAGAUUAAGACAAUUACAUUUAAAGGAAUAUCCAAAUUACAAAUAUAGGCCACGAAAAAAGACGAGCAAACCAACGCCCUCACCAAAAACAAAAGAAUCUUUGCCAAAUAAAAGAUCGAGGAAAUCAUCCAGUAAUAAUAAUACGUCGUUAACAGAGUCAUUUAUGCCAACUUCUCAUACAAAAUCGCGAAACGAUUCCGUCAGACAGUCACAACCGUUCAAGAGGUUGCAGUCAAAUACAUCCACCACGAAGCCUAUAUCAAGGAUAAAGGUCAAACUUGCAUUGGAUAAAAUGUCACUCGAUUAUACUCCAACGCCACCAAUUGUCACAGCUAAAGUACCAAGCAGUCCGUCCUGCGACACGCCAGAUUCACCGGAAUCUGCCAGUUUUUACGAUGACAUUUAUAUCGACAGUGGUUCAACCACGGCUGCUGUCGGUGAUAGUGAUGUUGUAGGAGCAGCAGCAGCUGCAGGMAUCUUAGGUGUUCGUGAUCGUAGUGUUGGAAAUAGUGGUUUAUCAGGACCGCUACCACCAACCAGUUCAAUCUUAACAAAUAAAAUCACACAAGAGACAACAAAUAUGAUGGAUUUGGAUUACAAUACGUCAGAAACGACGAGUAAUACGACGAAAACCACCACCCCCACAAAUACCAGUUACGGCAUGGACAGAUUUCUCACAUCGGUCAAAACCGAAUCAUUUUCUAACAAUUUGCCCUUAAUUACCAACACAUUGAGUUCAUUGUCUACCUCUUUAACGAAUUGUGACGUAGACAGUCUCGGUAGGAGCAGCAUCGGCAGCACCACCGGUAUCAUCAGAGCAUCGACACCGUGCCAUCUAGAAACAACUAGCUUUUCUAUAAAAGAGGAACCAUUCGAUUCUGUAUUAACAACGACACCUUCGUCAAUUGAUGGUGGUACGAGUAUUAACAACCUAUCUUCUUCGAGCCCCUCUCAUUUGUCAACGAAUAUCAAACUAGAGGACCAACCUAAUAUUGCUCCUUUAAUGGAAUUAUAUUCCAUUACUGAUUUCUUACACAUACAACAGUCAGAUUUCAAGAUCGAUAUUGAUAUUGACUCGUUCGAAACUGCCAGCUCUAGAAGUGGAUCGGACUUUGAGUUUUCCUGCACGCCCGAUGUCACCGAUAUGUUAUCGAACAUCGAUAGCAGUACCGUAUGGACGGAAAACGACGGCUUUUGAGUAGUGAGCUACGACUACCUCAAGAUCGCACCGCGUCGAUCAAUUAGUUUCUUCUUAUUUUUCUAUUCCUUAUCUUAAGUUCAUUAUUUUUUUUCCUAAACCUUCGCGUCAACCAA